AUGCAGUUCUCGUGCGCCGCCUUUUUUUCCGUCCUGCUGGCCCUGCCAGGACGGACUGUUGCGGUGUCGAGCCAGAAAACGGCCGACGAGGCCUCCGGUGGCGCAGGUCCCUGGCUCUCGCUGCUGACGUCCAGCUGGGCUUUGGCUGGGGAGCCACAGAGUGAGCAAACCCAAGGACUCGAUGACCUCGCGCAGAACUUGGUGAAGUUGGCCAAGGAUGGCGCGCCCCCCGAUGAGUCCAUGAAGCAGGCUAUCAACAGCAUCCGCAACAUUGUCAACGACAUGAAGAAGCAGGUGAACGAGACGAACGCGGCCGCCCAGUAUGAGAUCAACAGAAAGGCCGAGUUCGUUGCUGCCUGCGCCGUUCCAGAAACCCCGGCGCUGAAGCUGCCCAGUACCCAGGAGGAUGUCGUCACCUGCCGUUCCGAGGAGGACCCGCUCUACAAAGCCUGGCAGCUUUGUGAGAGCGAGAAGGCGCGUUGCAGCAACACGACUGCCUGCUGCGCGUCGCUUGUCCAGCCGAACAAGUACUGCCUGAACCCCGGUGUGGCGCCUUCGCCGCUUCAGUACGAAGCCCAAUGCGACGGAACGUCUUCCUGCAAGGAGACCGACAUCAAGGAGAAGAUCGCCUUCUUCAAGGGCAAGCUCGAUGCGCUCGAUGCCGCCGAGAAGGCAUGCGAAGACUCGCGAGCAGGCUGCCAAGACUCCUACGAUUGCGUCCCGAAGGAGGAUUCUUGGAAGGUCAAGCAGACGUCCUGCAACGAGAUGCAGACCAAGUUUGAGCAGGGCCACUGCGACCAUGCUGAGGCUUUGGAGGCUGCUUGGGACAAGUACUUGACCUGCUACGACACCAAGAAGACGGCCCUGACAUCAGAGGAGCUGAAGCAGGAGGCCACUGUCCCAGGACGUCACCAGGAAUGGCGUGCGCUGCUUCGUAUCGACUGCUUGUUAGGUGCACUGGAAGUUGAUGACACCACGAAAGCUCUGGAGAAGUGCAUCAACACGACGUACACUGCCAAAGACUGGGUGCACCUUCAGCUGAGGUAUCCCUCUCGCCUUGACAACUUCACCAGCAAGGAGACCUGCGGCGACAAACUCCUGGCCCCGGGUACCGAGCACUUCAAGGGCAGCAUGUACGGAAAGGUGGACAGCCAUCUGUAUCCGAGCACGCUGAACACCUACUUCUGUGUGUCAGGACUCUCAACCAGCCACUGCAAAGUGGAAUCCGGUGCCACAGCGUUCAUCAUGCGCGCUGCGGUCGCCGCGAAGGCCGGCAUCACAGCCCCUGGGAAGCAUGCGGCCGCGCCCAAUGCGAACAUGGCAAGGAUGCCGCACGCACGCCACCACGGGCACUUCCACUGA